GGGGCACUCGUUACCAGAAGGUAUUAUAGAGAGUGGAAGCUGAGCGUAUACGCGACAGUAGCGCCUCUGUGACUGGGUUGCAACACUAUUACGGUGAAUUUGGCCUGCGAGUCCGAUUUGUAUAUACAUUAGUGUAUGGCUAACGGGUUAACGGCUUGUUUGGAAAUUGCAAAUCAAAACAAAAACAAUAAAAUCGUGUGUUUUUAUGAAGUUUUGAACAAAAAUGGUUUUGUAUUGUUGCGUAGUUUCUGCAAACGCAACUCUAGAGAUGACAAUGAAUCUUCGUUUUCUCGGGUACCAAAUGAUCCGGAAAUGAAUUUCAUAGGAUUUGAAGGAUCUUAUAGAUCUUAUAUUUCAGUUCAAAGCACUACGAGUAUAAAGGUCUCAUCAAGUGCCACCGAGCACUGCUUACAAAAGAGAAGCCUCUUGAGUGCAUCCCACUAACUGAAGACCCGCUAGAACUUGAGAUAAUACGAGCAGCCGACGAGGGACUGAAGGUCAGCCAGAUGGUCCCAGCAUUGAUAGACUUUCCCAAUUCUUCUAAAUGUAGUUGUAAAAUAUACCUAGGAGGAUGGACUAUUCACUAUAGAUCUAGACCUACAGCGCAAGAAUCCUGCAAACUCACCACUAAUUCAUGGAAAUGCAAGAAAAAGUAUUCGGGUCACUGAAAUUGAUCGAAAGAAAACGUUAUAUGCUAUGAAUUUUAUAGCAGUGCAUGCCAAAAGGACCAUUAUUAGUGGCAGUUCCUAGUGGCAAAGCACUGUUGAAAUGUCAUCUUUCCUCUAUAUUCAAAGAAUUCAAUUUGAGUUUUGUAUUUUUAUAAAUUUAUGACAUUUUUCCCCUCCAGCUAUUUAAAUAAAUUAAUCUUCAACUAAACUUAAACUAUCUUUGACUUCCUGACUGAGAGUUAGUGUAUAUACCUUCUUGAAAUAGUCGUUUAUAAAAGAGAAAACACCUCAUAGGUAAAAUAUGUCCAUUAACCGCCGUACUAAACAUAAAAA